GGGGCAGAGAUGCAGGGUCUCUCCAACACCUCAGAGGAAGGAGCCUCCCUGAUCACCGGGGUCCCCAGUUCACUGUCUGCCCUCAUGGGGGAAACGCCACUAUGGGUUGCACACCAUCCAAAUCUAUUUCCACCUACACCCAGGAGAGGGUGUGUCAGGACCUGGACACCUGCUCCACGUUCGUACCCAGCCUGAAAAGCUCUGUCUCUACUCCUGAGAGACCUUCCCCCAGACUCUGCCUGGAGACCAGCAGCGGGAAGCAGACCUUUCUCAGCGUGCCUUGUCGUGACUGUCAUGGUCGAACGUUGAGCGAACCCAACAGCCCGGAUGCCUGGAGCACCUUCAGCACGACCAGCAACACCAACCCGCUGUGCACCCCCCAGCCCAGCACCCGAGCCAGCACCAAGCCCAGCUGCAGUGACAGCGAAUCGUCCGACAGCGAGACUCCCUCCAGCAAUGAGAGAGGCCAGGCAGAGGGUAACAAGCAACAGAGGGUGCACAGGUGCAGGCCAAGAGAUAAGGACCCCGACAAGCACCGGGGCCGCGAAGAGGAACACAGGUGUCAGAGGUAUUGUGCCAUUUCUUCUGCUAUUGAACUGCGCGCAAAAGAGCCUGUCUUCUACAGAGGGCCACCAGCCGGUGCUGUUCACCCCAUUCAGCAGUGUCCUACUCCGGCAAUAAGGAGAGAUAGUGGCUUGUGCCCAGAACCCCUCGCUGCUGCAAAUCUGGGAGAUAUGGUUAAACAGACACUGUUGGGUACACAGAAGAAAUCACGCCUUUCUAUUUGGAAAAUACACAAAUGGAGUCACUGACUGCAGCUUCUGUGAUGGUCAGUACUAUUAUGUAUUAACUGUAAAUGAUUGAUUAAUAAAAUAAAUGA